AAAGGGUUCGAUUUGGCUGGCGUCAACGCCUCGAUGACAUUGUAGAUGGCAUUCGUCAUCGCUCACUGCUGGUACUGCAGGUCGGAGGGGGAUUCUGCCUCUGCGUCUGCCACGCCCUCGGUGGCAGUGUGGAGGAGGAGAUCGAGGAGAGCGUCUCCAAGCUGGAGUCCGUGAUAAGCAAGACUAUUGAGAAUACGAAGAACAUCAAGGAGCUGGUCCCAGUGCUCGGGCCAUCGUCCGUCGAUGAGGGUGGUGCUGGUGCUGACGAUGAUGAUGAUGUAGAGGAUGUGGAACUCCAGCAAUUGGGCGCCGCUGCAGGGAAAUUCCAGGAUAAUGAUGUGGACACCACCACAGCGGCUGCCGCAACAGCCACAACUGGGAUGCCUGGCUCUGCCACGGACAUGGUAAAGUCCAGUUACAUGGAGGAGGAAGCAGGGAAUCAGGUGGAUGCCGUUGCCGUCGUAGAUGUGGAUACUGUGGCCACAUUCAGCACCGCUGAUAACACCACACCCCACCCAUAUCGCCCCCCACCCCAACACAGCACAGCAGCAGCAGCAGCAAUAGCAAGCAGAAGCCAUUCUCACCCUAUGAUGCCACCUCCUCAGUGUACAGUGUCCUCCUCCUCUGUUGUGCCAUCAAUCGAAGCUGUUGAAACGUCUUCGUUGCCAUCCAUGUCCACCUCUACAUCGGCCACAGGGACUGCUCACCCUCAUCCUCACCCUCAAACUCAUCCCCAUCCUCUCACAUUGUUGCCAUCACAGACAUUGUAUUAGACACAAACAACCAUA